CUGUCCCUACGGCGUAGCUUGCCCCCGUCGCCAAGUCUUACCACGUAUGAUAUAUCAACAUCUAUCAGCCUCUUAUCGCCUCCGAUUACCACCUUCCCUGCCAUGACGUAUCGGAAACGAUCCCGACCGUUAUUCGUUAACUGCAAGGGUCAUACGGUGGACCGUUUUUGAGCCACACUCACUAGCAAUCGGCGUUGGACCCGGUGUUCACCUGCCAUUCCCAUCCCUUGGCCAGCUCAUGGUGUUCAACCUUUAAACCUGCCAUUUUCAACCACCCCAGUAUAAAGCGCCAAUAGUUGUCUCGCUUAGGUUACAUCAAUUUUUCUGAAUUACUCCCCCUCAUUAGGACAUCUUGAGAUCCUAAAAUCAAUCCACCAUGCUCAACGAUACUAAAGGUGCAUCGGACGAUGCGCUUCCCUCCAAGGAGGGUCCCAUCGGACGCGUUACAAGCACGUCCGAGGCGCAAAUCAUUGACAUCGAGGACAGCCGUAAUGGCGAAUUCCAGCGAUCCUUCUCUCCUCGCCAAGUUCAUAUCAUCUCUCUCGGCUCAAAUAUCGGCAGCGGCGUUUUUAUCGCAACUGGCAAAGCUCUUGCCAAUGGCGGUCCUGGAAACAUGAUCAUAGCUUAUGGUCUUGUGUGUUCAUGUGUUUGGGCUGUUCUUCAGACUCUUUCCGAGAUGACAAUUGCGUUCCCGACAUCUGGCAACUACAUCGACUACGCUGGCCGCUGGGUUGACCCGGCGCUGGCUUUUGGAGCUGGAUUCGCCGAGUGGCUUGGCUGGACUGCGGUUGUCGGCGCAGAGGCUGUGUUUUUUAACAUCCUGAUCAAGUACUGGUCUGCAGAUGGGUUACCUCUGGCAGCUUCACUCACCAUCUUCACCUUUGCGACACUGGCCAUUUUCCUGCUGCCCAACAAGGCGUUUGCCUGGUUUGAGUACGUCACGUCGCUGAUCAAGAUCUUCCUCUUCAUCCUCAUCAUCAUCCUGUCCAUUGCCCUGGUUGGUGGUGCCGGACCUACUGGUGAGGUUCACGACGGAUCGUACUGGAGGGAUUUGCCAGUGUUCAAGAAUGGCUUUUUUGGAUUCGCCAAUUGUGCUCUAUUGGCCGUCUGGGCUGUUGGAGACCAGGUCUUUAUUGGUAUCAUGGGCGGAGAAGCCGAAUCGCCGCGCUAUUCUAUGGCUCAUGCCACCAAGCUUGUUCCGUUCCGUGUCAACGUCAUCUACAUGCUGAGCGUCAUCUUCAUCACUCUUCUUAUUCCCUCUGAUGACGAACGUCUCCUUGGCGGCAGCGGUGUCACUUCCUCACCGUUCGUCCUCGCUGUCACAAAUGCCGGGGUGAAGGGCAUUGCUGAUCUCAUGAACGCCUGCAUGAUCAUCGGUAUUCUUGCCAUUGCAGCUGAAUCCGUCUAUCUCGCAUCCCGAGUGCUGCGAACCAUGGCCCACCAAAAGCUCAUUCCCGAACUCAUUGCUCGCGUCGAUGCGCAGGGACGACCUGUUUGGUCUCUAGUCAUUACGGGUGCUACAGCUUUGCUGUUGACUUACCUCAACUUGAACGGUAGCGGUGCCGAAGUGUUCAACUGGCUGUUGUCGAUUACCAGCGCUUCAUUCUUCAUGAACUGGAUCAUUAUUUCUUUCACCUCCUGGCGAUUCCACCAGGCACUUGCUGCGCAGAACGAUGCGCUCUUCUCGCAAGUGUAUGCAUGGAAGUCUGUUGCGUGGCCCACCGCACCCAUCUGGCUGAUGACGAUCUCCAUCCUGCUCUUGGCCUGCUGUCUUGGCGCCGGAAUUGGUGACUUGAGCACCACCCCUUUCAGCGCAUACAACUUCUUCCAAUACGCCAUUGGUAUUCUCAUUAUUGUCGUCUUCACAGCCGGCUACAAGGUGAUAAUGAAGACCCCCUGGCGCGACCCAAAGACGGCGGACCUUGUCACGGGCCGACGCACUCUCAGCCAGGCUGAAAUCACCCAGUUGGACAACUACUACGCCAUGCCUUCGUGGAGACGGUUCUUGACCUACAUUCAGUUGUGGUAACCCGACAGGGGUUUUGUACCGUGGAUUUGCGCAUUUGGAUUUAGAGAGGUAUGAGCUGGAGAUGAUCAUGGCGCAGUCACAGCGAGCCGGUAUCUGCGGCGCCAUUAUCUGCGGCGCCAUCAAUCUAAUGCUCGCGGUUGUGGGUCAACAUGCAUCUUCAACAUUGUGACUCUGACCGUGUGCUGGCGAUUAAGAGACUAGAGCUACUAGAAUUACUUCAUGAACAUGCUUAAAACGC